UGUGCUGAUUUGCCGGGCGGUCUGCCAGUCGCCCCAAGCCCUCGCUGUGCUCAGCGUGAGGAGCGGGGGAUGGGGCAGCCAGCUGCCUCAGUGCUGUCUCUGGUGCCAGCUUCCUCGCUAAGUGCUGCGGAAGGCCACAGCCACACCAGCUACUUUUCAAAACCCGGAGUGGACCGAGGCGACUGCUGCUAGCUGUGGCCUGGGAUCCCUCAGCUUCCUCUUCCUCCCAGCUGCUGUCCCCUCCGCCCACCGCGCUCCAGCAGCUCUCUCCAGUCGGCGCUGUCCAUCGCCCAGGGCGCGGUGCCAGCACAUCUACCAGCUAUGGGGGACCUACCCGGCCUCGUGCGCCUCUCCAUCGCGCUGCGCAUCCAGCCCAAUGACGGCCCGGUCUUCUUCAAGGUGGAUGGGCAGCGCUUUGGCCAGAACCGCACAAUCAAGCUGCUCACGGGCUCUUCCUACAAGGUGGAGGUGAAGAUUAAGCCCACAACAUUGCAGGCCGAGAACAUUUCCAUUGGUGGUGUGCUUGUCCCAUUGGAACUGAAGUCUAAAGAGCCUGAUGAGGACAGAGUCGUUUACACAGGCACAUAUGAUACAGAAGGUGUAGCCCCAACCAAAAGUGGAGAGCGACAACCCAUCCAGAUCACCAUGCCGUACAAUGUUUUCCAGGUUCAUCCAUUUACUAGACUGGGUGAGGGAACAGGCUGUGCAACCCCAGAAUUGAAAUUCCCUGUUUAUUGUCAAAGAAAAAAGUUCACAGACAUUGGGACCUUCGAGACUGUGUGGCAAGUCAAAUUCUACAAUUACCACAAGCGAGACCACUGCCAGUGGGGAAGCCCCUUCUCUGUUAUUGAGUAUGAGUGCAAGCCUAAUGAAACACGCAGCCUCAUGUGGGUGAACAAGGAGUCCUUCCUCUGAAUUGUUGUUGCUAGACAAUCUUCAGAAAUCUGCUUUUAAAUAAACCAGCACAAGCCUUAACCAAGGCACACCACACCAUGGCUGUUUCCUACCAAUGACCUCCAACCCCCAAUUAUUUGAAAGUGUGAUUUCCUCUCUGAUACAGUACCCCUGACAUAAAAGAUGUUAAUAUCACAUCCUAAAGUUUUCCUUCCUUUCUUCUAUGCUGGUGUUCCUGCAUCUGUCCAUGCUCAGUCAUGCUGUCUGAGACUGUGACUACCAGUGAGACUAGCAGGCGUGUCCUAUACCAGGGAGUUCCCGUGGUGUUUUGUUUCCAAGAUGAGUAAUUCCUCUAUUUUAUGUUCAUUGUCAAAUUAAAACAACUACGUGCUUGAGUCUUCCCGCGUGUGAUACUGUAACAUGUAGCAUGCAGUGCUUGCCAGCAUCCAAGCAGGUUUUGUGAAAAUGCAAUGCAAUUAGUAGUAAAUGGGACUCAGAUGUUGUGCUUCCUAUCAACAGCUCCACUUUUUUCACAGAAAGAUAAUGACAAAAUAAAAAUAUGUAAAGAAGUACUUAUAAUGUAUUAAAAAUCUUUCAAGUACCAUGGCAUUGUCCGGUGGCCUAGUAAAAGUAGGGAAAAGACACUUGUGGAAUUGGAGCUGCGGGCCACCCAUUUAGCAACCAUAGUGCUCAAACAUGCAUAUUGAUGGAAUCCUUAUGUGCCCUUUCGAUUGAAAUUUGUACAGUUGUGUAUGAAAUGGCAAUCCACUUUUGAUAUUUCUUAAUAAGGACAUUGAAAACACAUGCCCCAACUUGAACUCAAUUUGUACAACAGCUAUCUAGAAGGCAAAUCUCUAUUCUAGGUCAGUCUACUCAACCCCUAUCUUGAAGGGCAGGGUGGUAUACCUGGAGUAGAACCAGCACACCUCUUUAACAGUUCUCUAGCCAGUUCUAACAGUAACAGAGGUUCAAGCACCUGAGGAGCAAUUAAAACAUAUUUGUCACUAUCUUUAUUCCUUCUUCUAUAGUGACCACUAGUCAGUUACUCAACUCAGUAAUAAGAGGGCAUUGUGCUAUAACAGAGCAUAUACACAAGUGUUAAAACAGGACAUUGCAAGGUGCUGGCACAAAGCCUGUACUCCACACAGUUCUACAAGAGGGAAUUUCCUUGUGAAAAAUAAUCUUUCCAGAAUGAUUUUA